AUGGAGAAAGCUGAGAACCCGAAAUCGGAGCCGCUCUUGGUCUGUCCGACAAGCAGCAAUCCGAGGAAGGAUCUGGGAAAAAGAAAUGUGCAUGGAGCUUCAUUAGAUGAUACAGAUUGUCUGUGGCCUAAAGAAUUCAUUACUUCUGCAAAUAGGCAAUCUACCCAUUCCAAGGUGGGUCGCCAUAUUCCUCGAAGACAUACUGUAGGUGGCCCUCGGAGUUCCCAAGAAAUUUUGGGAAUGCAACCUUCUGAUAUGGACAAAAAAAGAGAAGCGUUUCUGGAGCAUCUGAAACAGAAAUAUCCCCAUCAUGCAUCUGCAAUCAUGGGUCACCAAGAAAGACUGAGAGAUCAGACAAGGAGCCCAAAGCUUUCUCAAAGUCCACAGCCCAGCUUGGGGGAUCAAGCUGAAUAUUUGUCAGAGGUAUCUGUUGACUCCUUGGAAGUCAUGUCAGAAGCAGAGCCCCUGUCUCCUUUUGCAAGGGGAAGCCGUACUCGAGCAAGUCUUCCUGUUGUGAGGACAACAAAUCAAACAAAAGAAAGAUCUCUAGGGGUUUUAUAUCUGCAGUAUGGAGAUGAAACUAAACAGCUAAGGAUGCCCAAUGAGAUUACAAGCACAGACACUAUUCGUGCCCUUUUUGUAAGUGCCUUUCCCCAACAACUGACAAUGAAAAUGUUGGAGUCUCCCAGUGUGGCAAUAUAUAUCAAGGAUGAGAGCAGAAACAUCUAUUAUGAAUUAAGUGAUGUGAGGAAUAUUCAAGAUAAAUCUUUCCUUAAAGUUUACAACAAGGAUCCUGCCCAUGUCUUUAAUCACAUGCCUAGAGGGAUCAAUGGAGAUGUAAGG